UGGCAGGGGAAAUUGGUGUGGCUGGACUGGGUGAUAUCGUGAUAUUAGAGGAUAUUACUAAAGGUUGUUAGAAGGUUUAAUAUUUGGCUCACGGUCGGUUCUAAAGCUAUUCUUAGCCAAAUCAGGGAUUCUCAAAUCCAUCUUUGAUAUAAUAUCCAAUUAUAAUCAUGAAUUGUAUCCAAUCGCUUUACACUUUUUACAAGAGCUGUAUACCAACAGUGUGUUUGAUCUUUGAAUAAUUUGUUCAAAUCUAGCACUUAUCGAUUCUUUAUAGACUAGUCCUGAUUGGCUCUUUAUUUUAUUAAGCUGAGUUAAUAAAAAUGGCUACUUAGAUUCUCAUCCUAACCAAAUGGCCUUAUUGAUUUUUUAUAUCUAAGAACCUUCCAAAGCCUUAUUUUGUAAGAGUUAAUAGUGAAAUAAAUUAUUUGGCGACCAAUCGUUUUAGUGGAAGUCCCUUCAUUUUUAAAAUUUAGUGUCUUUACCCAAGUUCUGUUUAGCCAACACAGAACAUGGUUAUAGUCUAAAGGUCAAGAUUGGUGUUAAGUACAUGACAAGCCUUAAUAAGAUUUUUCGAUUUUAAUGAAUAAAUAGUAUUAAUUUUGUUACAAGUGGCUAAUAUCUAUGGUAUAGGAUGUAUAGAAAAGCAAAUGGUAUUGGCUCAUAACCAAUGAAAACUUUAGGAUUAAGACACGUGGAAGCCCGAGAAGAAGAGAUAGGGUAAACUUCUUAAGAAGAAUUUGAUAUUUUAUUUGAUACUAAGUUUAGUAUAUAUGAGCUAAUGGCUCAUCUUAAGCCUCAGGAAGCUCUUUUGAUACUCACUUGCUUAAAAGGUUGCCUGGAAGUUGCCUAAAGCAAGACUCUUAUUUGCUUUCUUCUUCAUAUGGAAGAAGUGAAGGUAUCAGCUCUUACAAAGACCCUUUGCAUAAUGAUCUCUGUCUGUAUGGUCACAUUUCGAUGCCUUCUUCGAUCUCUUUCCUUUGUUGUGGUAGCAGUUUUUACACAUCCCUUUAGCAUAGUACUCCAAGUUGCGGUGUUCGCACUUGGUUAUCUUCUUCCUAUGCUUUGUUAGCAACCUUGAUUUCUUUGUUUUUCUAUCAACUUUUCUGAUUAAGAACACUAAAUUUUCCUCAUCAAAAAAUUCUGAAGGAUCCUUUUGAAGAGAUUGUUCUUGCAAAAUAUCUUGUUUACGGGAUCCUGUAGCUUUCAGUUUUAAAGAAUCCUCAGCUGGGUCCUCUGCAUCCUUCUUGGUAUGCUCUUCUUCAGAGACCUGUGAGGUUGCUGAGGAGUUCUCGCAAUUUGUAGUCAAGGGAGUUUGCCCCAUUGAAGCUUGUUUAUUCGAAUUGUUUGUCUCCAUCUGAGCAGUAGAAUCUCUUUUUUAUUUGUUGCAGACUGGAGCUGAAUUAUUUCUUGGAAGUACCUCUGGCUCAUUCAGGCUGUGAUCAUUAAAGUCCUCAUUUUCCGAAAUUUCUGGAGAGUCCUCUUGAUACUCAAAAUUAUCGAAGUUCUCUAAAGAUUCUCUCCUUGCUUGGACUAUGAAGUUAUCUUUAAGACCGUCUAGGUCUCGAAGUGCUUCAUUUUCAUUGAAGCCAAAGGGACUUGAGAGGUCUCAUUUAACCCCAUGAAGCCAGUUUGGGACACUAAAAAUUUCCUUCAUAGUAUAUGUAGU